CGCCCGGCAGCGCGGCGACCCCGGCCCAACAUGGGGCCCGCCCGCGCCGAUUACCUGGCGCCCUGGUGGGCGGCCUGGCUGCACGGGCUCCCGCACCGCGGCCCGCGCCUGCAGCCCGUGCCCAGCACCUUCCGCCCGCAGGACCCCGACUACCAGCAGUCGCUGCUUUUCCUGGGCUUGGUGGCCGCCGUGUGCCUCGGCCUCAACCUCCUCUUCCUCACCGUGUACCUGAUCUGCCUGUGCUGCUGCAAGAGGGAGCAGGACCCCGAGACCAAGCGGCCCCACUCGUGUUGUGUCACCUGGAUGGCCGUCACCGCCGGGCUCAUCUGCUGUGCGGCCGUUGGCAUCGGCUUCUACGGGAACAGCGAGACCAACGACGGGGUUUUCCAGCUGCUCUAUGCCCUGGACCACGCCAACCAGACCCUCACUGGCAUCGACUCCCUGGUUGCCAGCACCACGCUGCAGAUGCAGGGAGCGCUGGAGCAGCACCUGGCACGGCUGAACGAGCUCCUGGCCUCGAGGGGGGAUUACGUGCAGACCCUCAAGUUCACCCAGCAGCUGGCUGGCAGCAUCGUCCUGCAGCUCCAGGGGCUGCCGGCCUGGCGGGGCGUCAGCGCUGACCUCACCGAGCUGUCGGGACAGGUGGCCUAUGUCGAGUAUUACCGGUGGUUGGCUUACCUGCUCUUCUUCAUCCUCGUCCUCACCGUCUGCCUGCUGGCCUGCCUGGGGCUGGCCAAGCACUCCCGCUGCCUCCUGGUGAUGAUGCUGUGCUGCGGGCUGCUCAUGCUGGUCCUCAGCUGGGCCUCCAUGGCCGUGGACACGGCGGCCGCGGUGGGCACCAGCGACUUCUGCGUGGCCCCGGACAAGUUCAUCAUGAACCAGACGGACGAUGAGAUCAGCGCAGAGGUGGUUCAUUAUUACCUGUACUGUGACCAGAGCCUGAGCAGUCCCUUCCAGCAGGCUCUCACCGUGUUCCAGCGCUCGCUGACCACCAUGCAGAUCCAGAUCCAGGGGCUCAUCCAGUAUGCGCUGCCCCUCUUCCCCACAGCUGAGAAAGACCUGCUGGGGGUCCAGCAGCUCCUCAACUCCUCGGAGACCAGCCUGCACCAGCUGACGGCCCUGCUGGACUGCCGGGGGCUGCACAAGGAUUACCUGGAUGGCCUCAUCGGGAUCUGCUACGACGGCGUGGAGGGGCUGCUCUACCUCGGGCUCUUCUCCCUGCUGGCGGCCGCCGCCUUCUCCACCGUGAUCUGCGCGGCCCCGCGCGCCUGGCGGCAGCUGGCCAGGCGGGAGCGGGACUACGACGACAUGGACGAGGAGGACCCGUUCAACCCUCAGGCGCGGCGCAUCGCCGCGCACCGCCCGCCGCGGGGGCAGCUGCGCAGCUUCUGCAGCUACAGCAGCAGCCUGGGCAGCCAGAGCAGCCUGCAGCCCCCGGCACAGACCGUGUCCAACGCCCCCGUCUCCGAGUACAUGAACCAGGCCGCGCUCUUCGGAGGGAACCCCCGCUACGAGAACGUGCCCCUCAUCGGCAGGGGCUCUCCUCCCCCCACGUACUCCCCGAGCAUGAGGGCCACGUACCUGGCGGUCACCGAUGAGCGCGUCCGGCACCGCGGCGACUUCCCGGCCUAGGAGGAGAUCCCAAACCAAAGAGCCUGGAGGGAGAGCACGGCCUGGGAGACACGGCGGGGCCGGGGGGCGAGCCUGGAGCCCCCCAGCACCCCCUCCCCUCGGCGUGCCGCUGCCUGGCGGAGCGCGGAGGGCUCUGCGCUGGCUCCUCCUGUCCCCGGAACGUUCUGGAGCGCAAAGGCCGGGCCACGCUGCCCCGGGGGCGCGGGCAGGGGCUCCGGGAGCAAAGCAGCACCAACCAGUAGUGAUGGCAGCCCCUUCCCGAGCCCCUCGCUGCCGCGGCGUUCCCAGGAUGAGCGGUUACGGAUGUUUUGGGCCUUUUGCUGCUUUCCCUUCGCUUUGCCCCCCUGGGAUUUGGGAGGUGCUGGCUCUGUUCCAGAAACGGGCGGGUUUGUAGUGGGUUUUGGGGUGGGUUUAGGCUCUUUUUGGCUCCCCCGGGGGCAGGUGUGGGCUGGGGCAGGCUCCCCUCCUCCUGCGGCCCUGCGGUGCUCACACAUCCCCCGGCAGAGGGACAGGAGCUGCCGGGAAGGGACAACAUGGACCUGGCUCAUCCAGCAUCUCCAGGGCGAGGAGCUGAACUUGGCCCCUUGGGGCUGCCCUUCGGCACAGGGAUCCCCAGGAAAGGCCCCUUUGGAGCCCCUGCCCUGCGAACCCACGCCCCAAAGGCUGCGGGCAGGGCAGUGGGUGCGCCGCCCCCAGGGCCAGGACAUCCCCCUGACUCCCCCUCUCCACGUUCCCUGUGACUAGCAUCCCUCCCCUUGGGGAAAAUCCCGAGGGAUUUUUUUUUAUUUCCUUGGCUUUUAACGUUUCCAUGUAACGGUACUGGUAGGAGAGCUGUUGUAACCGCAUGUGAACUAACCGAAGGAGUCCGGCUGGAUUUGUUUGUGCCCUUUUGGGAGAAAAGAUAAUAAACACUUGGACUAAA